AUGGACUUCGCUCCCUACCAGUCCUCUCCGCCAGAGCGCGAAAGAGCUCUUUCCCCUCCUCUCGCAUCGCCGCGCGCGUCGGCCGACUUUCGAAGACCAUUCUCUCCAUACAACCAACCCUCACCACCUCCGCUGCAGCAUCCACAGCCCCAGCGUGGUUGGCAACCGAAUCUACCGGGCUCUUUCCCAACGGCGGAUGCACACAGGGAGGGCGUGAGCGAGUUCGACACGAGUUUGGGAAUCCGACUGGAUUAUGAGGCGGCCUUGGCUUAUCUGGCUUUCCCACCGCUGGGCGCCAUCCUGUUGUUAAUUGGAGAACGGAACAGUGAUUAUGUGAGGUUCCAUGCGUGGCAGUCAUCUUUACUCUUUACAGCGGUUAUGAUUUUCCAUUUGGUCUUCCUCUCUUGGUCCAAGUUUCUCAGCUGGCUCUUCUUCAUUGGCGAUAUCUUGGCGAUGGUUUGGCUGGCGCUGAGGGCGUAUCAAGAUGCAGAUACACUGGACAGAUUCGAGGUACCCAUCAUCGGGGCUCUGGCCAGCAGGAUUCUGGAUGACGAAUGA